UCAAAUCUGAGUUCGCGUUUGCGUGUCCUUAGGUUUCCUGAGAAAAUUCACGGGAAAGACCACCUUCGGGCUUCGAGGCAGAGACCCACAGGGGCAGCGGGGAAGUGGGGUGUGCUUUUAAGUGCAAAACCUGCUGCCCGCCAAGGGCUCUCCGCCGGCUAACCUUCUUCAGCGGUGAUCUCCAGGUUAAAGCCUUUAUCGCUUGAUUUCACAUUUGGCAGUUGGAAACCUCAAUGGCUACUAAUAACACGCCAACUGCAUUUGACAAGGAGCAGAUACUUGGGAUGGCAGAAAAAGAAAUGGAGUAUAGGGUAGAUCUCUUCAACAGGCUUACACAAACUUGUUUCGAGAAAUGUAUUGAGAAAAGGUACAAAGAGUCUGAGCUGAACAUGGGUGAAAAUAGUUGCAUUGAUCGGUGUGUGGCUAAAUAUUGGCAGGUAACAAAUUUGAUUGGACAGUUACUUGGUUCCAAUAGGCCCCCAUUGUGAAGCUGUCUCAGUGAAAGGUGCUUCUCACAUUGCUGUUGCAAAGUACUACGGAUAUUUCAAACUUGAUUGUACUCUUUGCAGUUUGGUGCACAAUUUUUGCUAGAGAGUAUGUGCUAUUGACAUUUCAGCAAAAUCGACAUUUGUUAAAUAAGUUACAGAUCAAACUUACAUGUUGAUUUA